AUGGCGAAGAGAAAGCGCAACAAUGCCGCCAGCAAUGCCGUGAAGAAGCAGGCAACGGCAAGCCUCCCAAGCCCGCCUCACGAGAAGGAGACAUCAUUGGGAGCCCCAAGUAUCCAUGCAGUCAUAUCGCCAGAAGAGAUGGAGAUCGCAGUGGAGACACUUCAGUCGUUGACGGAACACCCGGUUUUGAUCAAGUCGAAAGCGUGCAAAGACCUGCGAGCAGCAGUGUACAGCUUCCGUCAAGCUAGCACUACAGGAAUGGCGGCAGCCGAAAACAGCAACCUCACAGCACGCAUCUCUGCAGCACUCACAGAUGGCAAGUACACUGAUGCCAUGAUUCUGCUUGCAGAAAUGCGUAUCAGGAAAGAGACCCCAUCACUGGGGGCUUUGUGCCGCUGGGUACGCACACUGGACGUCAUCUCUGGACUGUCGAUUCACGUACAAGUGCCCAGCCAAACAGUUGUUGGCAAGAAUGCCAGCAACGAGGAACUAGUCAGGGUCCUGGAUGCUAUCCUCCGUGUGACUGGUCCCACAGACACCACAUCCCACGGCAUCGAUGCUACUUCCGGGCCCAUCUCGCUCCAGGAGACAUGGGAUCUACGACCAGCCACAGAGCCCACGCGACAACUGCGCCGCAGCGUCGCAGACAAGUCCAUCUUCACAUCGUCACCUAUCAACAAGGACAACUUUCGCAUCAUCGAGACCACACCCGCACCUCUCCGUAAACCACCAAACCUCCACCCAGCAGUCCUUUUCGCCUCGCAAGACGACACAGUCUUCCUUGGCCAAGGCCCAAAGACAGAGGUUUACCACCAUCCCAUCGUGCCAAACCUACGUCUCAUCCGCGACGUGCUGUCCCCUGAGGAAUGCUCGUCCAUUGUCGCCGCUGGCGAGACAAUGGAGUUCAUCCCCGACGCACCCAUGCGACCUCAGGGCGAGGAUACAAGCAUCCUCGCGCACAACUUUUACUGGAUCGUAGACCAGGCGUUCCACGACAAGCUGUGGGAGCGCGUGAAGGCGUUUGUGCCGGAGAGCGUGGGCGGGAGGAAAGUCAGGGGAAUUAACAGAAGGUUCAGGGUAUAUCGGUACGUGCCUGGCGCCGAGUACAGGUGUCACAUUGAUGGCGCUUGGCCACCCUCAGGCAUUGAUCCCGUCACCGACGCGUACCAGUAUGACGCAUCGCCGUCCGACGCCCGGCAGUCGAGUUUGUUCACGUUCCUUAUCUACCUGAACGACGACUUUCGCGGCGGCGAGACAACGUUCUUCGUCCCGAGCGUGAAGGAGGGCGUUAUUAACGCGUACCCAAUCAAGCCGAUCAUGGGCAGUGUGGCGGUGUUCCCGCACGGAGAGGCGGCGGGUGCGCUGCUGCACGAGGGUACGGGUGUGGUCGAGGGCGCGAAGUACGUGAUCCGGACGGAUGUCGAGUACGAUAUAGACGCGAGUGUUUGA